AUGCCUUACACGUUAGCAUUGCUGCUUUGUCUGCUUGGAUGCAGUCUUACGUUGGCGUGGAUCUCAUCCGAGCACAAUGAUGAUGAUCCAGAAGUCUUCUCCGCACGCUGGCAGCUAGCUUACGAGAGCUGGCAGCGCAAAUGCAAGAAAUAUGAGCUGCCGGAACAACAACUAGAAGUGAGCCCCCGCAUUGCACGUGGGGAACUGGCCGAGUCGGACAUGUUUCCCUAUCAAGCGGCGUUGCUGUUGCAACUGCGUCAAGGAGAUGCGACACAAUGUGGUGGAUCGCUCCUCAGUCUAAACUACGUGCUGACCGCAGCGCAUUGCCUCAAUGAUGCUGAAAGCGGAGAGAUUUAUCUGGGCAGCAAUACGUAUGCUGAUACAACAGCCCCCCAAAUUUUUAAGGUACAUACAUGGAACUUUAAUGUCUUUCCGGGAUAUUUGGGCUUUGCGGGCUAUCAUGAUUUGGCCCUAAUACAUUUGCCCCACUCGGCCACGCCCAGUGCCGAGGUGCAGCCCAUUGCUCUGGCGCUUGAUUUUAUGCAGCAAUCGCUGCUACAGGGACAAUUGGUCAGCAGCUCCGGCUGGGGAGCUCUGGGAGAUGGCAUGAAUAGCACUCUGUCCCCAGAGGCCAAUCUGCUGCACUAUGUGGAUGUUCCUGUGAUGGAGCAAGAGAGAUGCACUUGCUAUUUUCUGCCCGGCUUAGUUAGCGUGCAACGUCACAUUUGCAGCGAUGGGCGACAGGGGCGUGGCAGCUGCCAGGGCGAUUCCGGUGGCCCCCUGGUCUACCGUUGGCACAAUGUAAGCUAUUUGAUUGGAGUAACCUCAUUUGGCAGCACCAACGGCUGUGAGAAGGGCUCACCAACUGUCUAUACGCGCAUCACAGCUUAUUUGGACUGGAUAGUGGGCGAGACGGACGUGCAGAGCCCUGAACAGGAGUUGAAAAAGUUCUAA